CAUCUCCACUGUGUGGGAACCUGGCCUCUGCUCUGUGCUACAGGCUUUUUUUUCUUUUUUUUGUAACGGAAAUGUCAUACAAGCACAUUCAUAUUUAGAUAAAAGUUUAUUAUAUGUGUACGAGAUUACGUCAAUUAUUUUGGGUUCUGUUUCGUUUGUGUCAAGAUUUUUUAUGCAAACGUGGAUAAUAUUUCUCUGCUCCUUCAUGAGAGUCUGAAGCAUUCAACAAUAUGUCAAAAAUAUGUUGAUUGCCGCAUUAUUAAAUAAAGCCUUUUUACUGUGUGACUAAUCCUUUAUGUUUCUCUUUUCCUCAUCCUCCAACACCCCUCUCUCUGUCCCCGAUAUUGAUUUUUUUUCUACGUUACCCCACUCUUCUCCCUCUGUGCACUCUCUGUCUGAUUUUUUUUCUAUGUAUGUCCAUUUGUCUUUGCCAUUCCCCUUGUCCUCUUUUUCUUUCCCCCCUCUCUGUCUCUCUCCUUCUAUUGUCCUUCUCUCCGUCUGUCAUUGUCCUCAGGCUCACCCAGCUCUCAAAGCCUUUAUGUGUGGCUCUCUCAGUGGCACCUGCUCUACGCUGCUCUUCCAGCCUUUGGAUCUGGUCAAGACACGGCUGCAGACCCUGCAGAACAAUGCCAAGCCUGGUGCACCAAAGGUGGGGAUGUUCACCGUUCUCAUCAACGUUAUUAGGACAGAGAAUUUCUUCAGUCUGUGGAAGGGGGUUUCACCAUCAUUUAUGCGCUGCAUCCCUGGUGUGGGUAUCUACUUCAGCACCUUCUACUCCCUGAAGCAGCACUACUUCCAGGAGCGGGCACCCAACGCUGGCGAGGCUGUUCUGCUCGGAGCGGGUGCAAGAGCUGUGGCUGGUGUCUGCAUGCUGCCUUUCACGGUCAUCAAGACGCGCUUUGAGAGUGGCUGUUACAACUAUGUGAGUGUGUCAGGGGCUCUGAGGAGUGUCUAUGAGACGGAGGGAAUCAGGGCUCUGUUCUCUGGGCUGACUGCAACACUGCUCCGAGACGCUCCAUUCUCCGGCAUCUACGUCAUGUUCUACAGCCAGGCCAAGAAGGCGCUGCCUCAAGAGGUGACUUCAUCAGCCUACGCCCCGCUGGUGAACUUCAGCUGUGGGGUGGUGGCAGGCAUCAUGGCGUCACUGGCCACACAGCCAGCAGACGUGGUGAAGACCCACAUCCAAAUCAGCCCGUCCCACUGGAGCACGACAGACGCUGUCCGCUACAUCUACAUGGAGCACGGCAUGAGCGGGUUCUUUCGUGGGGCUGUCCCCAGGUCUCUGCGACGCACUCUGAUGGCUGCUAUGGCUUGGACUGUCUACGAACAGCUGAUGGCUCGAAUGGGCCUCAAAUCUUGAAGAGCAUCAGUGUGGAGCCACAUUAAAUCACGAUGAAACAUGAGGGCGUAAUGAUGUACAGCAUUUCUCACUGAAAGUCCCAUGAAGACGGAGAAGCAGCUGAGGAGCAUGUAGAGACAGUGAACCAGCAAGACUUCGAGAAGAGGAAGCAGGUGGAUAAAUGUGAGAGUAAGAAUGCUGUGUGUGUGUGUGUGAGAGUGUGUGUCUGUUUUUGUUAUUUAAAUGUUUGUCAAAAUGUGCCUGUUUGUGUCUGUAAAUUCGAGAUUGUGAUGUUACACCUGACACACUCUAAAUGUCAGUCUUGGAUUGAAGUGACACUCCCUGCUGUGAAGUGAACUAAUUUCUCUGGUCAUUUAUGUUUGGACUCCCUGAGGUCUGGCUAUCAGUAAAAAAAAAAAAAAAGCCCUUGAUAGAGGGUCUGUGACUGUGCUGGGCAGCAGAGUUGUCUUUGAUGAAGUAUUUUUAAAAUGCUGUCAAGACAAACUGGACUCUGGUGCACCGUACAUCUGCUGAGGUAACCAAAGCAAAGUGCUUCAGAGAGAGGAGCUCUGGCUUCUGCCAUAUUUAUGAAACUUGCACAAGAUUGAGCAAUGUUUCUUUGUUGCCAAUUAACAAGAAGACUUAGAUAUUUAAUUUGUUUAAGGCUCAGACAAUCACAAAUACUCACACAGCUGCAUUAUGAAAAGAAAAUCACAGUAAAGCCCUUGUUGCCAUACUGCUCAAAACUAUGCUAAUUUAAAGCUUAUAGAAAACUACGAUGCAUUUUGUUACGCAGCUUAGGGAAACCAGGUGUGCUUUUUAAAGGAAUAAUGAUACUCUGUCACAUCUGGGCUUAAACAAUUUAACAGAUGCAUAUUCAGACCUGUGAUGGCAUUUCGGUCAGAUCAGGACUUUGCGAAUUUUUAUGAGUUUUGUAUUGAAAAGCUUAAUUGAAAAGCUUAUUUUUUUUUUUUUUUUUUUUUUUUUUUUUGGUGAUAGAAACUGCUGUUUGUAUUGUUUCCUGU